UUCAAAUUAUUUCCCUUGAUAUUUCCAAGGUGAAGGCUGACAGCUGUCAAUCUUCUGGUCGCUAAAAAUACUCGUCAUAUUGCGAGACACAGAUAAGCCAAGUAUUCGCCAACCUUUUUUUCAACAAAACACAACUUAAUGCCCGUAGGCAUACAAGUAUUCAUAAAGUUUACAGAUGAAAAAUGAAUGUUCAACAGGAGAAAACAACCCUUUUAGGAACACAAAGUGUUGAAUUUUCUGGGCAACAUAGAUGUUUAUGCAAUCGUACUGUAAAAUUAUGCGUUAUACCAUUAAUUCUGAUAGCAUUGGCUGUAGGUUGUGGUUUAGCAUUAAAUUAUUAUUUACCACGUCAUCAACCAGCACAUCAUGUACCUUCUCAUAAAUGUACAGAUUUCUGUACAUUAACACUGGUCGAAACCAUUCCACAAAAUCUUACUUUCGGACAGAAUGAAACUAUCCAUGUUCCAACUGGUCAGUCUCUGUUAGAUUUGAUUAAUAUAGCUGAGCACACUAUAGAAAUAGCAUCUUAUUAUUGGACAUUAAGAGGAAUAGAUUUAUCUUAUCAUGAUGAUACAUCAAAGGAGGGUGAAAGAUUAUUUGAUGCUUUGAUGAAUGCUGGUCAGAAUAGAAAUAUUAAAUUAAAGAUAGUUCAGAAUGUUCCGUCUAAAGACUAUAAUGAUAAUGAUACAGCUUUAUUAGCAAGUCAAGGUAAAGCUGAAGUAAGAACUAUUAAUUUUACUAGAUUAAUAGGAAGUGGUAUUAUACAUACCAAGAUGUGGUUAAUAGAUAGAAAGCAUUUCUAUGUUGGCAGUGCUAAUUUAGAUUGGAGAUCUCUUACACAGGUGAAAGAAUUAGGUGUGAUAGUCAGAAAUUGUUCUUGUUUAGCUACAGAUAUGGGUAAAAUCUUUGAUGUUUAUUGGCAGCUAGCUGUUAAUGAUGCUACUAUACCAAAACAAUGGAAUCCACAAUUAUCUACAUUUAUUAAUGAUGCUAAUCCAGAAUUUGUACAAUAUAAUAACACCAAGGGUACUUUAUAUCUCUCGAGUUCACCACCACAGCUGUGUCCACCUGGUAGAACUACAGAUAUUGAUUCUAUAUUAAGUGUUAUUAAAAAUGCUAAAUAUUUUGUUAGUGUUGCUGUAAUGGAUUACUUUCCCACUACACUCUAUUCAUAUCCCAGAAAAUACUGGGCAAUUAUUGACGAUGCUUUACGUGAUGCAGCAUUUAAUCGGCAUGUGAGUGUUCGUGUAUUGGCUAGUUACUGGAAUCAUACUGCACCAGAUAUGUUGUACUUUUUACGAUCACUACAGAGUAUAAAUAUGCAUAUACCUGUAGGGAAAAGAAACAAAACAUUACAUGUCAAUGUUGAAGUGAAAAUCUUCGAAGUUCCUGUGUAUACAGAAUCUCAACGUAAAAUACCAUAUGCUAGAGUUAAUCACAAUAAGUAUAUGGUGACAGAUAAACAUGCUUAUAUUGGAACUUCAAACUGGUCAGGAGAUUAUUUUAUCAGCACAGGCGGUAUUGGUUUUAUUCUCAACCAAACCAACAUUAAUAAAACUAGUGAUAAUCUACGACUACAGUUACACAAUGUAUUUGAAAGAGACUGGUAUUCUAUUUAUUCUCAUCCACUCGAUAAUUAUAUUACUGUAUAGUGAGUAAAUAUAUUACAGUGUUAUCAUUAGUUAUGGUGCUGUAUAGUGAGUAAAUACAGUACACUGUAUAGUGAAUAAAUAUAUUACAGGAUAAUCAGUAAUAUUAGUAAUUAUAUUAUUGAUUAAUCAGAUUCUAAGUGUCUUCUUCUUUUUAUCAAUUUAAAGUGGCUUUAUUCAGUCUCAGGGAAGAUGUAGUGUCAUUAGUGAUGACAAGAAAUCAUAGAAGAUUUGUGUAAAUAUAUUAAGGUUAUAAAUUAUCCAGAUCUAAUAAUUUUGAGUGCCCUGCUGAUUAAAGCACUGGCUCACUAAUUGUGUCGGUGUUGGCCAAGAAAGUUCCAGUCUAUGUGUGAUUGGCAAGCACGGUAAAGAUACGCUGCCAUGACUUAGACCUUUCUCCUUAAACCCAACUGAUGCACAAAAAUACAAAAUGAAAUCCAUUUUAUUUUCAUUUCAUACAAUUUUUUGUAAAUGCCAAAGCUACCAAGGGUUAGCUGUCAUUACUUGUUAAUUAUGUUAGUUUAUACUGGCAGCAAGUAUAUGUCUUGACCUAAUUUAUGUUUUUCACACACCUUGCCAAUAUCCACAAUAACACCUUUUAAUGGUUUAUUUUUAAACCAUGUCUUGAAUUUUUUUUAUUAGUAAUAAACUGUCGAUUAACUUGAUGUAAAUAUUAAUUGACCAAAUUAAUUCUUGUUGGGAUUUGUGCUCUACCCUUAAUCCAAUAACUGCUGCACUUUCACAUCCACUACAUUAAAUGUUGAUAAGAAUAUGCAAAAAUGAUUGGUAUCACAUGUUAUUCAAAGUUUCUAACACUCUCAGUUACGUGAUACUACAAUGGUAACUAUUCUGUUGAAUAGAGCUUCUAUUAUCUUCAUUUGUUUUCCUAGAUAUGUUAGUAGAAUAUUGAAUAUUUAUAUAGAAACAUAAAUGUUGAGCAUAUUUUAUUAUAGUAACAUGUUCAUAUCACUUAGAAUUUCAGAAACAAUGUUAUUUAUUUUCAUAUCUGCUCAGCUUUUGAAAUUUUAAUACAUGUUGUCUUACCACGAAAUAAGUCACCUGUCAAAGACAUACAGGCACAAAAUUAGAAUUUGGAAGUCAGAAAUCCUCUAGUGCCUGUCAUUUUGGCCUCAAUUUAUAUACAUCCACGUCAAAAGCUAAAGUUAUCAUUCGAUUGACUGUAAAUAUAUACAGAGUAUUUAAAGAAGCUAAAUCUCUAUUCUUUGGCACCUACAAAUGGAUACAAAUAGGUCACAAUAAUAUUAUACGAAUGGAUAAAAACUGAUUUACAUUCAAUUGUUCCUGUUUUUUUACUAUAAAUUCUAAUCAGUUAUGUUAGGUGAAAUAUGCGAAGAGUCCAAAUUGAAUGGCAGUCUUUGGCAUCUGGUUAUUCCAGUCUACACUGGUGGUAUUCUCCUGUGGGAUAUGUUUAGCCUUGUUGAUCGAGUAGCUUCAUUACAAAUGGUGCUCGAAAGCAUUUUGGCACGCCAUUCUUGUGCCAAUUCUAAAAUGUUCAAUUGGCACUCAAAAGCAUUUUUGGAACACGAUUCGUGAGCCAAUUUUAAAAUGUUGAUUUUGUCUUAAAUAUUGGGGAGCCACGGUGGCUAGGUGGAUUUUCCGACGGGGUUUCCCCUUGUCAGUGGUGCAGAACGGAGGGCCUGACAAGGACAGCUGUCUAGUCCUUCGGAUGAUACGGAAAACCGAGGUCCCGUGUAUACAUUGGAAUGCACGUAAAAGAUCCCUUGGCAGUUGGAAUUCGAUAUAAGAGUAGGCGAUAGUGCCGCUGUCCGGGCAAAAUUUCCCUCACAGCACACUGUUUGGCGUAUGCCCGUCUUCAUUAGCCCAGUAUAGGAGCAGAACAGUAGGACGUUAAACCCCAUUUCAUUUCAUUUCAUUUCUUAUUGACUUAAAGACUUGCCUCCUUUAAAUUCAUGAGACAAAGGAGCCUUUUGAUUUCCAAUAAUUACUCUCAGAUUUAUGGCUUUUUAUCUAUUUGAAAAAUUUUGUGGACAUUCUAGAGGAUAGAGUUAUCAUCCAAUUGACCUGAGAUUUAUACAGUGUUUAUGUUUCUAUGACAAUUGUUUCUAAAAUUUACUGUAUGAUUUGUUACCCUUGAUUAGUUUUUAGUGUCUUGUAAAUCCUUUCAUUACCUACAACAAAAUAAAAACAUGAUAACCUCUGUGGACUGCUCAGAUGACUUGGUUGCUUUGGCAACCUAUCUUAAAAAUAAUAAGUCCACUAAUAAUGCUUCAAUAGUGACUGAAAGGUUGUCCGGUACAGUUAAAAUUGUUAAUGCAAGCCUAUACACCAGUUUUAUUUAUUAAAAUCCCUUUGUAUAUAUGGGUAGUAUUGGGCAAUGUGCCAUGAAUUAAACUGUGCUAUGUAUUCAUUUUAGCUUUAUUUGUAAUGAAUGUACAGUAUAUUUAUAUUCCUAAAUUUUCUUAAGACUACCAGAAUAUGUAGACAGGGCAAAGAGAUCCUUCUCCUUUUUCUAUAACCCGGUUUCGAAGAAAACUGAGGACUAUUAAUAUGGGUUCAUCUGUCUGUUUUCACACUUUUUGGAACACAAUAACUCUGUUUCUAAUUUUGGUAGAAUGUUCAAACUUGGUGUAGGGAUUAAUUGAUGCAUUUUCUGCUAUGGUUAAGUAGAGAUAAGCCACUGGACACAAUAACUUUGAUUCUAAUUUAGUAAAAGUGAUGAAAGUUGAUUUGUAGUUUCAUUACAAGUUCGACUUGAGUUCGAUGAUGAGCAUUUUCUGGUAAGGUUAAUCAGAAUGUUAAACAAUUUAUCCAUUUAUUUUGUGAUGAAGAUAUCAUCCUCACUGUUGGUUUGUUUAUUUUAUUUUAAAUAUUAAAAUAAUGAAUAUGUAAAUACUCAACUAUUUGUGUAUAUUUUUUACUAAAUUGUUUUAUUGUUGCAAUUGGUUAAUGCAUUAGUUAGUGCUCUUCAUUUUUCAUUGAAAUUUUAAGAUUUCAGCAAACGACCAUUUGAAUCAAAUUUUCUGUGAUCUGUCAUAUUUGUUUCCAUAAUUUUUUUUUUAACUUAAUUUUUAUAUUUUGUUAUAUUUGUUUGCUUAUUAUGUGUCAUAUUUUUUGAAUUAUUUUCAUUCUUGUAGUGACAAAGAGUAGGCUUACCUCUGUGGAUGGUUUUCUCCAAUACUAAUGACCCAUGCACACAGACCAAUUAUUGAAAUAAAGAUAUAUACAUGUU